UGUACAAAGUACAGAUUCCUAGGCGAGACGUCAAAAACCUGUCAGUACUUGAGAACUGCUGGUAAAAGGUAGUUGAAGGGGCAUUUGAAGUGAAUGUGGUUUGGUUGAUUCAAUAUGAAAAACCCAUCUGAACGCACAUUGGUUGUCAUCGGCAACCCUGGGGCUAUAUCAUGGGCUGCCCUGGAAGGAGGCGAAGAGAAGCCCCUGGGGACCACCAGACUCUGGGUUACUACAGGCACCAUCUCAGGACGCCCCCUCUCUGUGGUAAACAUGCCUGGUGCAGUAACCACCACCCAGAGCCAGGGGGCGCUACAGGACUGGGCUAUGGAGUGUCUGUCCCUGUCUGAGUGUUCCAAGGGGAUCCACUCUUUUCUCCUGGUGGCGCCGUUGGGUCGUCUCACAGAGCAGGAGAGAAGAGGGGCUCAAUGCAUCCGAAGGAUGUUCGGAGAGAAGGCCCAUGGCUUCACUCAGGUCCUCUUUACCUACGAGCUGGAGCAGAAGGAUAGUCUUGAGGAUCUACUGAAGGAGAGAGAGGCCCAGAGGCUGGUUGAGGAGUGCAGGGGACGUUUUCACGUCUGCCCAAAGAGCAUUGGUGAAGAGCUGGAAGUCACAGGGUUACUGGGAAAGGUCGACUCCAUUUUGGAUCAGGGAACAGACCCCUGCUACACCGUGGAGAUGCACCAAGAAGCUCAACCGCUAUUGGUGGAGUUUAGGGAGCAGCUUAAGGGCCUAUUGGAUGGCUUUAUCAGACUUAAGGAAAGGAUCAAUGAAAGGGAGAGAAUGCAAGUGAAUGUGGAGAAUUUGGAACACAGGAUCUUCAGAGAGAAGCUAGCGAGGCUUCAAGAUGAGCUCUUGUUGAAGCAGAUGGAGAAAGAAAGAGACAGUGGCAUGGAGGUAGAGGCACUGAGCUUUAUAUAUGAGUUGGACAGGUUAGUUGACAAGCUUGCCCUAAAAAGAGUGAGAGCAGUCGAGGAGGACCAUAAGAGCAGAGAGGGCGUGCAGAGGUUUAGGGAGGAGUUGGGGAGGAUGGUGGAUGAAAUGGUUACCAAUCAGAAACACAAGCAUAGACAGAUGUGUCGGGAGAAGGGAGAAGAAGAGUGGGAGCUUCAGAACUUCAGGGAACAGCUAGAAAGACUGAAAAACAACAUGAAAAAGACAGAGAAGAGAGGGAACAGGAAAGAGAAGGAAGGAGUUUGUGAAGGGGACAGGAAAGAGAAGGGAGGGAAGGAGUUUGUGAAGGGGGCAGGAAAGAGAAGGGAGGGAAGGAGUUUGUGAAGGGGGCAGGAAAGGGGGAUGAAGGAGAGAGAGAUUCCAGAGGGAAGCACAGAGGGAGGGUUUGACAUGGGUCAACAGUUUAAAGGAAUGAUGCAGAAGUUGGGGAAUAUCGGGAAUAUCAGGAAAAAGAGGAGAGGAGCUUGGAGGAAAGGAACAUGUGAUUAAAAGGGUGCUGGAAAUUAUCUAUAGAUUCUAGCUAUUGGCUACAUUAAUUUAAUACAUUAUUUUUUAUGGAUGACAUUCUAUGAUGCAUUUUAAACAAAUCAAUGAAUGUUGAUGAUAUUGUGUGUCAGGUUGUUGCAUGAUUAACUGUUAAAUAUGUGUUACUAAUUCAUCAUAGGACUAGAGAAUAAACAAAUAACUUUA